GACUACACCUGCUUGUAUCGCUUUAGAGUCCACGGAGAGCCUCGGCCUCAGUGAACCAACCAGCGCUCUACACCUACACACCAUAGAAAUAUGAAUCCGCCGCCAUGGCCGCCGACGCAUCGUGGCCGACGCCGGUGAGCGCGACGGCGCGACUCAACCUGACGGGGAAAACCUUCAGCGUGUUCGACGGCUGCGACUCGCAAGUGGAGGGCAUCCUGUUCGACCUGACGCUGCAGUGCGCCAACGUGGUGGUGGGCGUCCCCGCCAACAUCCUGGUCAUCACCGUGCUGGUGUGCAACCGCAAAGAGCCGGCCACCUCCGACAUCUAUCUGGGCUCUCUGGCCUUCCUGGACGCCUACUUCGGCUUCAUGACGCCCGUCAGCUUCCUCAACCUCUACCUCUGGCAAAGCAAGGCGGUGUGGUCGGCUCUCAAGUUCUCCUACGGGGUGAAGGACACCAGCGGGCCUCUGUUCCUCUCCUGCAUCUGCCUGGAUCGCUUCUUGGCCGUGGUCUUCCCGCUGGCGUUCGGCCGGCUCAAGCACGUCAAGUACCGGCUGGGCCUGUCCGCGCUGGUCUUCGGCCUCACCUUCGCCUACUCCGCCGCCAAGGUGGCGGGCGGCCUGCCCGACUUCGAGAAGGUGUUCACCGGCGAGAUCCUGACCGCGUUCACCUGGAUGGUGGUGUGCAACGCCAGCAUCCUGUGGGCCCUGAAGAAGUCGGGCGGGGUCGGGAAGGACGACAUGCGUCCCAUGAAGAGGAAGGCGUUCAAGAUCGUGCUGUCCCUCCUUUGCGUCGUGGUGGCCAACUACCUGCCGCCCGUGGCCCUGUUCCCCUUCGAGGACUACUACUCGCCCGACGUCUUCCGCUGCUACGUGCAGCCCGUGGGCUUCGCCUUCCUCAACAUCAGCAGCACCAUCCAGCCUCUGGUCUACCUGUCCCGCCUGGAGAAGCUCCCCUUCCUGCCGGACGCCUGCGUCCCAAAGUGCUGCCCCUGUGUCGCCGGGGACCGAGACAAAACACCGCCUGCGCAAAACCCGGCGGACUAAAGAGAACGCUUUUAAAGCCAGCCCUCCUCUUAAUUCUUUGUAGUGUGUUAUACAGGGACUAUAAAAAGUCGACACACCCCUGUUCGCGUUCAUCUAUAAACACUUCAUUCAACAAAGCAUGGAUGUUUGUUUUGUUUUUUUAAUGGUCUUCUGAAAAUGUGUCUCUGAGCGAGUCGUUCUGCCCUUCCGAUGUUGUCAAACUUGCGCAAGGUAAGCAGAGCUGCAUGGA